UUGACAUCUAGAACUUUCUAUAAGCUUAAUUUAAUUGCCCUUUCUAUAUAUAUAUAUAUAUGAUUUUUGUUUUGUAUCCUCGUUUUCGUCGCCCACUUUACCCCUUCAUUUCCUCCUCAAUCGGACACAAUCCGAUCGACGAAUCCAAUUCCAGCAGAUGGAUAGCGACAAAAAGGUCUUCACCUUGAAGGAAGUCGCAGAGCACAACAAUCACAAGGACUGUUGGCUCAUCAUCAGUGGCAAGGUAUAUGAUGUGACCAAAUUCUUAGAAGACCAUCCUGGUGGUGACGAUGUUUUGUUAUCAGCUACAGGAAAGGAUGCAACCGACGACUUCGAAGACGUGGGGCAUAGUGACAAUGCAAGAGAAAUGAUGGAUCAAUACUAUGUUGGAGAGAUCGAUGCUUCAACAAUUCCAAAGAAGGUGACAUAUACGCCUCCAAAGCAGCCUCAUUACAAUCAGGACAAGACAUCAGAGUUCAUCAUCAAGCUUCUCCAAUUCCUCGUUCCUCUUGCAAUUUUGGGAUUGGCAGUCGCCAUACGCUUCUACACCAAACAAGCUUGAGUGAGCUCUUGAGGUAACCUUAGAAAGCUUUAAAUUUGUUAGAUUGGUAGUGGUUGAUCCUUAUGCUGUUGCUAAUGAUCGGUCAGUCCAUCAAUGUGGCUUCUUGGUUAUAAAAUGCAGAGACAAUCAGUGUUUUUCAUUUCCCACUUCCUCUAGAUUUGUCAUAUUUAUGAACCUCUAAUACUUCAUAAAUUUUCAACGCAUCAAAUCUGAAUCCAUAUCUGAUUCUUGAUCUGUUGAUGA